UCAAUGACACUAUGACCAGGGAAAUGCGAGCCAAAGCCGGUGUGAUUUUCGCACGGUAACCCGACGACGAAACAAAGUGCCGGGUCUUUUUUUGUUCAUCUUUGCCUCACUUUGGUCUUUUGUCGACAUACAUAUUACAUACAUACAUAACGCUCAGGCUGAUUCCUGUUUUUGGCACAUUGAGCCGCGUAACGAGGAAACAAAAGCAGCAGCACUAAUAACCAGCAGCUUUUCAUCCCUGUUGCCAAUCUGGUCUGCUGAGGGUCGGAUAUCGCCUCUCUCUCUCUCUCACACUCUGGACGUCUCCAAACGAGCCUUGACGCAGCACCACCUGAAGCCAAACGAAAAGCAGCCUCAACAAACAAACAGGACAACGACACGCUCAACCAACGGCUGAAGCCACCGAAUCCCUCCCAGAAGCUACGCGAGCGACCCUCUCCCCCCAGCCCCGACGCCGUCCGAACCCCGUCCCAGGCAGCAUCAUCGCUAUAACGACAUCCCAGUCUCCAUCUCAGCUGCCCUUGCGAAGCCAACGCCACCCUUACGCAACGGACGCAACGGUGAAUUGCCCUCCGCACUCGCACGCAGUCGGGCCUCGAAACACCAAUUCUGCACGCUUCAGCGAUCCCGCAAGACUCGGGAAAAAAACCUCCAAUUUUUCUCCUCUCGUCGCCUCUCUUUCGCCCUCUCUAGAACUCCGUCUCCCAUCUCUGGCUUCCCAACAAUAGCAGCAGCUGGGUAGAGAAAAAAACACCAACCGCGCCGCCAUGUCGCGAUCCGGGGACGAAGGGCUGGAUCUGUCCAGCGACGACGACCUGAUUGAGGUCCACUUCGAAGGCGAGGUCCAUUUCCAGGGCAGCCAGGCCUCAGCGCCCAGCAGCCGCGGCCGCAGCAUCUUCCACGACCUGCUGCAUCCCCAGGGCGUCCCUCCACGGGACUCGACCAUGGCGGGCUCCGUCAGCCUGCGGCCGAGUGCCAGCCACUCGCGACGGGCCCAGCCCGCCCAAUCGUCGACAACCUCGCAGCCUCGCCUGCGCCACUCCUCCCACUCGCAGCAGCAGCAGCAGCAGCAGGCUUCUUCACAGCAGGCCUCGAUGCUCCGCGCCUGGACGGGAGCCUCGCCAGAGGGCCAUCCGCCGGCCACGACCUACAUCGACCUGACAGAGGAGCCAGACUCGCCCGUCGAGCGGCGGAGGACGCAGGCGUCGGACCCCCAGGUAACGCUGCAGCAGGUGACCAAUAACAUUGCCGGGCGACACCCGCGGCGGACGAAUUCACAGCGCAUCUCGCCGCCGCAGCUCGCCAGGAGCGACAGCACCCUCGUCGGCGGCCAGUCCAGCUACAUCGACCUGACGGUGGACGAGGACGAGCAGCAGCGCUCCGGCAGAGAGCACUGGCGCGCGCGCGCCCACCAGCGGCCACACCAUCACCACCACCACCAUCAUCAUCACCACACAAGACACAACAACGAAGACCACCUCGUUGCGCUGAGACUCAUGGGCGGCAGCGGCCACCACCAGCUCGAGUCCGGCAUCCGAGUCCUUGGUCGAACCCUGGCCGACAUCCUCAACGGCAACUUCACCGCCAGCCUCAACUCGCCGCAAAACAGAUUCCCCGCGGAACCAGAGCCGAGACCAAAGCCCCCGAUGGAACCGAUACCGUCUGCAUCGGCGGGAUUCACCCGCGACACCCGCGCAGCAGACGGCCAGAGCGAGGAGCUGGUCACGAUAUGUCCCGCCUGCAACGAGGAGCUAGCCUACGACCCGACGGAGUCGUCGACGCCGUCCAAGAAGAGGAAAAGGGCUGUGGGAGAGCACCAUUUCUGGGCGCUCAAGUCGUGCGGUCACGUCUACUGUGCCGAGUGCUUCGAAAACAGGAAACCGACCAAGACUGCGCCCGAGGGCGUCGGCUUUCGAUAUCCGCCGGGGAAGAGCAACGCGACGCCCAACGACAUACUAUGUGCCGUGGACGGAUGCGGAACAAAGGUGGCUUCCAAGACGGAAUGGGUGGGCAUAUUCCUUUGA